UGGAGAUCCACUCCACUGGAGUUUCCCACACAAGCCCAGGUUAUGGGAUACAGCUGGACAAGAAAGGUACAGGACCAUCACUACAGCCUACUACCGAGGAGCCAUGGGCUUCAUCCUCAUGUAUGACAUCACCAGUGAAGACUCCUUCAAUGCAGUGCAGGACUGGGCCACACAAAUCAAGACCUACUCCUGGGACAAUGCACAAGUGAUCCUGGUUGGAAACAAAUGUGACAUGGAGGAUGAAAGGAUUGUUCCUUUGGAAAAAGGGAAACAUCUGGCUGAUCAGCUGGGUUUUGACUAUUUUGAAGCUAGUGCCAAAGAAAACAUCAACGUAAGGCAGGUGUUUGAGCGUCUUGUGGAUAUAAUCUGUGAAAAGAUGUCAGAGAGUAUAGAAUCAGACCCUUCCAGAGGCACUUCAGGAAGGAACGUGAGGCUCACGGACCACCCACCCCCUUCACAGCAGAACUGCUCGUGUUAGUGACCUUUCUUGCUGAGAAAUGUCCUUCUCCUUUUCUGACUAAAUUUUAUCUCUUUCUUUGUGGUUCAUUACCAUGUAGUCCAAAGGCAGAAGUCUUUGUUGUAGGAAACUGAUAUGUUUAAUGUGCUGGAGUGUUUAAUAUAUAUUAUCUGAUAAUUUAAAAACAAACACUGAAUAAAUAUCGUGAAUGCGCCUAGUUGUUAAUGUGCGAGUUACACUGAAUGAAGAAAAAGAAUCGCAUAGUGUUGCAAAUGCCUAUGUUUGGAUCUACUCUGAUCAGCUGCUCUGUGGCAGAUGAGUUACAGGAUGAUGGACAUGAAGAAUUGGCUGCUGUGUGCUUAGCUGGAGGCAAGUUGUGGUAUGUAAGACUUAGAAACAGCACUAUCUCAGAAAAAAAGCAGGAGACAAAGUAUUAAUGCCAAUAUUGUUAGAUUUUUCUCUCUGCAUUUUGUUGUUGAUUCCGUUUUUUAAUUUUGUGCUAGAUGGGUGAGGAUAGAUUUUCCAGGUUCAACCACUAUGUAUAAUUUUAGAAAAAGUACGUGGGGAAAGAAGUGAAUGAAACAUAGCUACCACUGAAAAACAACAAAGAUAUCCUGUUGGGUACACUACAGAUGUGGUGUGAUUCUUUGAGGGGAUGGAUAAUUCUUAAUAUUCGACACCUAAAAUGUUAUUGUACUAAAUAUAUACUUGUACUAAAAGAUGAAGCUUUAAAAGAUGAUUUGUAUGUGCGUAGAACUCCAUAUGUGUGCAGAGCUUGUAUUUCUCUGAAAUAUAAGAAACUGCUUUUGUGAAUCUGUAAAACUGUGUAGCAUAUGCCUUCGUCCAUGGUUGCACCAUUAUUUGCACAGCCCAGCUCCAAACUGUGACUGCAAACUGCAUCAGCAAACGUAAAUGAGGUGGUUAUCGAAAAAAUUUGCUGUAUUAGUGGUGAAAUUAUGAAAAGCUUUAUGGUUUUACCACAGGCCUAUACGCUCCUCUGACCAAGGAGACUUUCUGUUGUCAGAAUCUGGAGUCCAGCAUCUGCCCCCGGCCCUGUGAGCUGCCCAUGGUGGCACUAGCAUUUGCUCUUGGAGUUUUGUUUUGUCACGUCUGAAAGUGUAUUUGUUCUAAGAAAAAAAAACAAACAACCCACCGUUUUCUGGAGAAAAAUGCUACUAUCUUGAUGUUGUUUGAGCUCAAGUUUAAUCCUUUUGCACCGCAGUUCGUUUGUUGCUUUCAGAAUUCUUUACAGUGACUUGUGGUGUGUGUGAGCGGCUACUGAAAAUGCGGCUUGUGCAGCGGUAGGAGUGCCCUUAUUGUAUCUGAACCCUCCCAAACUGCCUAAUAAAGAG